AUAUACCACUUAACGACAUGAUGAUUUAAUUUUUAUUUAUUUUAAUAAUAAUUAAUAAAUAUAAAUUUAUUAAUAAAAAACAAUAGGUAAUUAUUCGAAUUCACAUUAUUCGAAUAUCACAAAUCAGUGCAGGAUCACGAAUGUGUAUUAUUAUGUGUGUGUAUAUAUAUGAGUUAUUAGUUAUAAAUUGCUAUAUCAGUGAUAGUCAGUGAUAGAUUAGUAAUCAAUCACGAAUCAAUUUAUAAAUAAAUAAAUAUAUAUAUAUAUAUAUAUAUAUAUAUAUUUAUGAUUCAUAUUUCUAUUAUAUUUAUAAUAAAUUCCGAAGGAACAAGUUAUGGUAUUAAUGGUAUUUUUUAAUUGUGUAUAAAUAAGAUUCACAAACUACAUAUUUUUGAAAAAUAGGAACAUUUUGUUAUAUUUAUUCAGAUUGUUACUAAAACAAAUAAACAUCCUAUUGAUUAGUGAUAUAUAUGAAUUAACUAUGAAAAAAUCACAUAUUCUGUUACUUUCUCUUCUUACAAAAUAUUCUUUAAUUUUCUCUCAGCUUUUCUGUAACUAUUCCAAUUACUUGAAGUUAAAGAAUAACUGCACAGAUCUAACAAAUAAACAUGUGAUAUUAACUGUCAACUUCUAAAAUGUAGGCGAGCAACUGUUCGAGCUAAUGAAGUCAGCAAUACGUUUGUAAAGUGAAUAACUCAGCAUUUACUAUGAUUUCUAAUUUCAUUCGAAAUUUGUUCUAACUGAUGAUAUAUAAAAUUUAAAGUAAGAAUACAUAUUCAGGAUAAACAUGGGCCCGUGUUAAAUGAUUCGUUGAGAAAAAACGGAUGCAACUGUCACUAAUUGGGACAUUCACUUUAUUUCAAAUAAUACAUUUUACCUUAAACGCAGGCGAAAUAUACUGCACGAUGUGCGUAUACCUACUCGGAUGUAUUCAGGAUACAGAUUGCUCUGGCCGUACGCUGGCUACUGUAAUGGUUGCAUGGAUUGCGGUGUUAAUAGUGACUUCGAUAUUAUUGAAAUGGGAAUAUACGUGGAUUGUCGUGACGAUAUUGACCUUGCUGUUCCUCCUAAUUUGCGUCUGGAUGGCCUACCACAUAAAAAGAGCUCAACAAAGAACGUGGUUCGAGGAGUACCAAAGAAGAACGGAUUAUGAAAAUGAAAGACGAGAAAGAAAUAUUUGGACUAUCUCUGGAAUAACAGUUGACAAUUGUGGAGAGAGGGAAUCUCAACGGAUUGUGGACCCACCACCAUCAUAUUCGUCUGUGAUACCUACCGUGCAAUCGACUUCGGAAUCUUCACGUCCGUCAUUAACCAUCGGCAACUUACCCAAUGAUUCAAAAUGCGAAGAUCCACCGCCAUAUUCGAGCGUAAUUUGCUCCACAGACACGCGUGAUCGAAAUGCGGAAGCUGCAAAUGAACCAAACACCAUAUCUUCCGCAACCGCGACGAAGAACAAUAGCACCAUAGACAUGUCUCGGACGCAAGAUACGCGCAUGACUGAUGAUUAAUUAUUAAAGCGUAAUCCUUGUAAAACUAAAUUCUAUUAAAAACAGUAUCAAAGAAUGACAAGUUGAGCAAAAAGUACGUAGACAUAAGUGUAGUUUUAUACGUUCUGCGAGAGAUUUUCACUCGGUUUUCUUUCUACUGUAUUAGAAAUAUAUUAUAAGUAUAUAACGAAUAUACAACUGUAACUCAUAGUACAAUAACGCAACUGUCUCAAUUAUAGGCCAAGUUAAUGAAACUUGGUUUAUUAAUAUAUUAAAAAAGUACAUUUUAUAAUGAAAAAAUGGAAAAAUAUUUUUUAGUAUUCUUUCUUUUAUAAUUAUAUUCUAAAGUUAUAUAUUCAUAAACAAAUGGGUUUAUAAGACUGUCAGUAAGCAAAAAAUCAUUGAUAGAACGUUGUUUCAACAAUAUUCAGUAGCGCGCGUAUAAUGUUUUCCAAUAUGUAUUUUUUUAACGUUGUAUUAACCACAUUAAACACGAAUAACUCUGGCACUUCAAUAUUUCCAAAACAUUUUGCGAUAUUUAAAGAGAAAUCAUAUUAUCCGACAAUAUCUUCGAAAUAUUUUUAAGAUAUUAAAUAAAAACACGCGUUUAAGAGAUAUAUGUAAAAUUAAUGUUUGAAAAUAUUGAUCUAAUCUUUUUUUUUUACAAGGUAGAUUGUGCUACAUAUAUCAUUAUUCUACAUAGGCUGAAGCAAUGUGAAUAUGAUCAUUAUUAAUAUAAAAUUGUAUUGUAUAAUUCGUUAUUGAAACAUGAAAUUUGCUGAUCCAUAAUUGGGUCAGCAUUUACGCAUAAACCUUUCUAAUUAUUUCUUUUCAAUUAUUUCUUUUCAAUUAUUUCUUUUCAAUUUAAAAUUAUUUAAUUUACAGUCUAACAAUUUCGCUUUAAAACUAUAAUGUUUGUUGCUUAUGUUUGUAUAGUUCAUUUUAAUGUUUGCUCAACAAAUUUAUAUGAAUGAAACUUAGUCUAAUCUUAAAUAGGAGUGUUGUCCUAUAUUACCUAAUGAUUUUUAGUUGAGACCUUUUAAAUCUUCAAAUGAUGAGAAGAACUACUUGAGUUUUAAGAUAAUGAAAGAAGCCUCGAUUAACAUAUCUAUAUGGCAUUUUCAUGUAGACUAUAUGAACUAUGCAGAAUAUUGUAAAUUACAUUAAAAUAUACAAAAAUGAAUAACUAAAUUAUAAGAUAGUUCUAUUUUAUAAUAUCUGUUUUAGAUAUUAAUUAUAAGUGUAAUGUUCAAAAAAGGGUAACACUCCUGUUUAAAGGAGUUUUACCCAAAAAGAUAACAAAUUAAAUUUUUUAUUAUAAAAUAAAAUUUGCAUUUCAUAACAGAUUAGUAGAUUUAACUUUGAAAAUAAGAAUAUAAUCAGAGAAUAUUCUGUGGUCUCUAACUCGUAAGAAACAAUACCCAGUAAGCAAAUUGAACGCAGACUGCGCGCAGAUUGACAGCAAAUUUGAUCAAAAACUCACAGCAAAACCAUAGCCAUUUGUGUCUACAUUAGAUUACGGUUGUGGUGACAGAUCUUGCUGUCGGGAAAUUUUAGUAGUGCCAAAUUUGCAGCAAAAACCGCACAAAACUUGCAGCGCAGCAAGAUCUGCGCGGUUUCUGCCGCCAAUCUGCCGUCAAAUCGCUACAAGCUCUGCGCGGUUUUUGCUGCAAAUCUGCAGCAAUUAUCCGAUAACAAGCUCUACCGCAUAUCUGACGGCAAUUUGGCAGCAAGAUUUGAUAUAACAGAUCCUGCAUCAAAUUUGUUAUCUAUUUGCCAUCAAAAGUUGAUAGCAAGCUCUACUCGAAAUCUGUUCGCGCAGAUUUGACUAUCUGGGCAUUUAGAAAUUUACAUAUCAGAAUUAUAAAGGUUUAAUAAAACUGUAAACUUUUAUUAAUAAAUUUUUAAGCAAGCCAUA